AUGCUUCGUGUCACUCUUGCCGGACUCAUUGCGUUACUCGUUGUCUCUGGUGAGUCGAUGGCUGAGAUUGGCAAUGUUGAGCUAAUUGGUGCAGAGGGAUGCCCACUGGAUCAUUUUUAUGACAUGGACGCUGCCGUUUCCAGUGAUGGUAACCAAGGGGAAAAUGAACUCUGCCGACCAUUCACUGAUCCCGAGUGUACAGAAAAGUAUGGCAUCGUUACAGUAUUCAACAUAAAACAGCGGCGUUGUGUGUGGACACUUCCAUCUGGCGCAACACCCCCGCAUCUUCAGGCAGUCCCCAACGCGGCUGUUAACGCGGAUCGGUGUGCACUCCUGCGAGUGCUACAUGCGAUGCUGACAACAGUGCCACCUGAGGGUCUACGGGUCUUUCCUUUGACAACAGGCAGUGCCUCAGUUGUUCCUCUGCAUUGCGGUCGCGUGGAUUUGCGGCAAUGGGCUUUGGAUUGUGUCUUCGAUGAAGACGCUUCUGUGACACCCUUGGCUGUGAAUGGCACCCCACUUGCAAAAGAUGGACCGAGCAAAAAGCAAGAAGGACGGAAAACACCGGCUUGGGUGUUUGUUAUUCUUGUCGUUUUAAGUGGCAUCGGCGCUGUAACAUUGUCAGCAAUUGUAUUUAUGUUGUGGCCAAUAUUGAGCAGGACAAGCGCUGCAGAAUCAUCACAUUCAGAGGCAGCAACUAUGCCGGAGUUAUGCGAAGAGGAGCCUACUCUUGUGGUGAACAGCAGCUUGCGUGCUGAUUCUCCGUGUGAAUCCAGAACGACAUCGGAAGCUUCUUCAGGAUCCUCAUCACCCUCGUCGGCAACCCAAGGAACGUUGAGGCCAUCACAUCUGCUGGACGCCUCGGCGAAGACGAGCUCGCCUUUGAGCAAGAACACCUCCGUUUUCGUCACACCCCGAGACGCAAAGAUGGACGAUGAUGCUUCUGAGUGCGGGUAG